UGAUGCGACGCUCUCUAGAUAUUGGCGUCGUUUGAUCACCGUCGCGUUUGGGGUUUCCCCCGUCUCUCUCUCUCUCUCUCUUAACGUUGGCGUCGUUUCUCCGGAGUCGUGAUUGGGGUUGGUCUCUCUCCCUCUCUGGUGAAUUGUGACUCUAUGGAACUUGAAGAAUCCAGCCAUCUGCCUUCCUCCUUCGAGAAAUUGAAGAUUACUAGUCCGAUGUCUCCUUCUGCUCCUGCCAUCAUCCCUAGGCCUCAGAUUUCUUCCUGUCCUCUCCCUUCAUAUCAUGGAAAGGGUAAGCCUCGUAGUUUGGUUAGUCUAUGUCUUGGAGUCCUUGGGCAGAACCUUGAGGAUAUUCUUAACGACAUCUGUGAAAUUGCUCCCAUUUUUCCUCCGGACAUUAAGCUAGCAAUUACAGCCAUUGCUCGAAGAAAGAAAUUACUUACAGAUGAUAUUCUUGUUGCCUUAGCAGACCAUAUGUGGUAUAUUCUAGAUAUCUCUGGAUCAAAUGUUACAGAUGUGGGUCUCGUCAAAGUUGCUGCCAUAUGCACCAAUCUGCGAGCUGUGGAUAUUAGCUUAUGUGACCAUAUAUCUGAGCGGUCAGUUUCCUGCCUCAUUGGCCAUUGCCACUCAUUGGAGACACUUCGUUGUGGAGGAAACCCAUCAAGUAAUUACACUGCUAGACGGUUUCUGAAAUACUUGAUGCCUACGUUGCAAUGUGUGGAGGAAGAAUCUUGGGAAGAGCUUGAAGAUAAGGAAAUAAGCAAUGGAGCACCCUCAUUACGCUGGUUGGUAUGGCCAAAAAUUGAUGAUAACUCCAGACAAAUCUUGGCUGAGUGCCCCCGCAUCUCGAUCAACCCAACUCCUUCUCUUCUCAAUCUGCGAGGAAUGCAGGUUCCUCGAGAAGCAUUUCCCAACACCAUGUUGGAUGAUUCGAUUUUGGAAGAUAUUGAUCCAAAGACAUGGGCAGUAUGUAAUGUCGCCGCAAGAAUAAGAAUCCAAGCUCCCUCAAGCACUUUUGAAUUGCCAAUAGCUGAGAGGUUCAGGUUGGCCUUUGAGGAGCGGGAUGCCCGUUUGGCACCAAAAAGAGCAAAAAAUGCACGGCAGCACAAGAGGCGUGCAGAGAGAGAACGGAUGACAUCCAACAUGAACGCGAAAUCAUUAGCUCUUGCUUACAAAGCGAACAAGUACUUCAGAAAUCUCAGCUAGUUGUGGGUUGCAAGACAUUUGCUUGUAUGAUGUAAUUAUAAGAAUGUAAACUUUUUGCUUGAGGAAAUUGUUUGACAGGCGUAAGAAAUUCUUUGUAGAAAAGUACUUAGGAUGAUUUGUGGCGAUGGAAUUAUGCAAGCAGGUAUCAUUGGUAGACGU